GCAUGCAUUCAAUCAACUAAUUUCAAUGUUCAGAUAUCUUCCUUCAAUUAUGUCUGUGGUUUGAAGGCUCGCGAUGUCUGGGUCUACAGGUAGGCGAGUGCUGAUUGGGCGACGUGCCCCGAUAGGCAUCCUAUCGAAGGUGGAGAUUCCACCACACAGGCAUCCUUAUGCCCCAAGAUUCCAGCUGAGACGCUCUGAGGAGAACCUAGUGGACAUGCAGAAUUCGUCUGAUAUGAAGAUAGGAUUUGUCGUGGGAACGAGGCAAAAGAACAUAGCAAAAGUGCGAGUAGAGACGCUGAAGUUUGAAACUCGAGUGCUGAAGUACUACAGAGCCAGGGAUACGUACUAUGCCCGCGACAUUUACAACCGCUGCAUCCUGGGAGACUUUGUUCUCAUACGCGGCAUCAAGAACCCGGAACAGCAGCGGGCACCCAAGCAUGUUGUCGUUGAUGUUAUCGAUCCAGCACCGCGUGGCUUGCAUCCCCUGGACGAAACCUUCACGCAUUCACGACUUAACCGGCCAGCCCAUCACGGAUAUACUCGAGAAUCAGACUUAUGAGCGUUA